AUGAACCCAUUUACCUUACCACCAGAGAUCAUCGCCAUCAUCCUCUCCAACGUCAGCCUUAAAGAUCUUGUACGAAUCGAACGAACCUCAAAAAAGAUCCAAUCGUUUUGUCUUUGGGAAAUCGGACGACGCAUUAAAGCAGGAUCUUCCAUUGACGCAUGGGCCAUUCUGAUUCAUCUUGGUCAGACAAAGGCAAUCCCAACAAGAUUCGACCCUAAAUCAAAAAUGGUAUAUUAUUCAGUACCAAUGGAUCCAAUCGAAAUACACGCCAUGUUCGAUCACAGACGUCAGAUACCUUGCUUUGUGUUCUGCAAAGAAAGCAGUCAGGGCCAGCCGAUCAGUGAUCCGGCAAAUCAAGACGACUUUAAUAUCACUGUCGAACAAGGAAUGGUCGAAGGAAAGACAGUCGAAGUAGACGUAAAAGGAAAGCUGUGUCAGAUACAUGCAGCAUUAACCAGAGUCCCAACCCCCUUAUCGUCACCCACUAUCGAAAAGACAAAUCAAGAAACAAUGGAUGUCCAGCCAAUCGCACCAUCUCCACUAACCUACAUUGUCAAAGUAACCGAAAUGUGUUUACCAUUGUCACAUUUGUCUGCACACUAA